UAUUUCUUGCUCCUCAUUUAUUUCUCUGUUUUUCUCCACAUUUUGGCUUUGCUUUUGUUCUGCUUCUGUCUUUCUUUGGUAACAGAAGUAGAAGCAGAAAUAUUUGUUCUUUAUUCAAUUACAUCAAGCAAGAGGAAACCUAAGAAACAGGAGUUUACACUCAUCAUUCUUCCAAUUUUUUUGCUUGUUUCUAUAAUAUACAUGAGCUUUUGACAGAUUAAGGGCUUCUUCUUCUUCUUUCUUUUGUUUGCUUCUGCAAAACUCACUGGCAUUCCAGCCUCCCACUCAGAUCUUUUGUUAUUAAGUCCUUUAAAUCAUAUUCAGAUCUCAUGGGUUUGUUUUGAAAUAUAUUAUACUCCUGUUUCUAGCUUCCCUUUUCUUUUUUACUUCCUCCUCUGCUCUUGCUCUGUUUUCUCCUACCAUAACAGACUAAGCUAGCAAUCCACAAAUGGAUCGAUUAACUACAACAACAAUCAUUCCAGAUGCGUUUCAAGGUGCUAGAGAUGACAUGUCGAUGCAAUUCUCAAUAGUUUGGGAUCAGAUCAGAGCGCCAUUGAUCAUUCCUUUACUAAGACUCGCAGUUGCCAUCUGCUUGAUCAUGUCCUUGAUGCUUUUCAUAGAAAGGGUGUAUAUGGGCAUUGUCAUUGUGCUAGUGAAGCUUUUUGGUCGAAAACCAGAGAAACGCUACAAAUGGGAACCCAUAAAAGAUGAUGUUGAGUUGGGCAACUAUGCGUAUCCCAUGGUUCUGGUUCAAAUCCCAAUGUAUAAUGAACGAGAGGUUUACCAGCUUUCCAUUGGAGCUGCAUGUGGACUCUCUUGGCCCUCUGAUCGCAUAAUAAUUCAGGUUCUCGACGACUCAACAGACCCAACUAUCAAGGACUUAGUGGAGUUAGAGUGCCAAAGAUGGGCAAGCAAAGGCAUAAAUAUAAAGUACGAAAUUAGAGAUAAUAGAAAUGGCUAUAAAGCUGGAGCUUUAAAAGAAGGCAUGAAGAGAAACUACGUGAAAAAUUGCGACUACGUAGCCAUUUUUGACGCAGAUUUCCAGCCAGAGCCUGACUUUCUAUGGCGGACCAUCCCUUUCCUAGUCCAUAACCCAGAACUGGCUUUGGUUCAGUCUCGUUGGAAAUUCGUGAAUACUGAUGAGUGCUUGAUGACGAGAAUGCAAGAAAUGUCUUUGGAUUAUCAUUUCACUGUUGAGCAAGAAGUGGGCUCCUCUACCUAUGCCUUCUUUGGCUUCAAUGGGACGGCAGGGGUAUGGAGAAUUGGUGCACUUGAUGAAGCGGGAGGAUGGAAGGAUAGGACCACCGUGGAGGAUAUGGACCUCGCCGUCCGAGCUAGUCUCAAAGGCUGGAAAUUCUUGUACCUUGGAAAUCUUAAGGUGAAAAAUGAACUGCCCAGUACAUUGAAGGCUUACCGUUAUCAGCAGCAUCGAUGGUCUUGUGGUCCUGCUAACCUCUUCAGGAAAAUGUUCAUGGAGAUCAUAAGAAACAAGAAAGUGACCUUGUGGAAGAAGGUGCAUGUUAUCUACAGCUUCUUCUUGGUGAGGAAGAUCGUUGCCCAUAUUGUCACAUUUAUCUUCUACUGUGUCGUUUUGCCUGCAACUGUAUUGGUACCUGAAGUUGAAGUUCCAAAGUGGGGAGCUGUAUACAUUCCUUCAAUUGUUACAAUUCUUAAUGCAGUUGGAACUCCAAGGUCACUCCACCUGUUGGUGUUCUGGAUCCUUUUUGAGAAUGUUAUGUCACUGCAUAGGACUAAGGCUACCUUCAUUGGCUUGCUGGAGGCUGGCAGAGUUAAUGAAUGGAUUGUCACCGAGAAACUAGGAGAUGCUCUCAAAGCAAAAGCUGUGAAAGCACCCAAGAAACGCAGAUUUAAAUUCGGAGAAAGGCUCCAUCUGCUAGAGCUUGGAACUGGAGCUUACCUAUUCUUCUGUGGCUGUUAUGAUCUUGCUUUUGGGAAGAAUCACUACUUCUUAUUCUUGUAUGUGCAAGCAACUGCCUUCUUCAUCAUGGGAUUCGGAUACGUAGGCACCUUCGUCCCCCAAUCUUAAAUGCCAUCAACUGUGAGAGAGUAACAGAAAGUUGGUGAAGUUCUUUGGGCAAAUUCUUCAGCUUAUGCCUGUAUUUAGCUUUGCGUAAAAAGAAAAAGAAAAAGAAAAAAUUCUUUUAGGUGGAGCAUAAAUAACCGAGUGGGAUGACUCGGAGAGAUUCUAGUUUCCCUUUGUGAAUAUGCAAAUACGUUUAAAGUAAACUGUAGAUCAAAUUGUAAUAUUGUUUUUGAGACCUUAUUAUACAAAGAUUGAGAGGAUCAUAAGGAGAGAUUGAAGAAAGCAGCUUAUGGGUUUUUGAUAGCCCUCAAGUAGAUAGAUCAAACAUCUUCUAAUGGAUUGUAAUUGUGAGAUUUUGUAGCUUUUCUUUUUCAUUGUUUUGUUGAGGUUGGCAUUGGCUUUGGGAGGAAUAAAAUCAUAGCAAUGGGAUAAAUUUCACACUUCAA